GAGGAGGAGGGGAAGUUACGACGUAGUAGCGGCUCUCAGUCAGUCAGUGAACCAAGUUUCCAGCGACUCAGCCAUCAUGGUCUGAAACUUUGCUUUUUUUGAAAUGAACUCACUCGGCGGCCGCGGAGGGGAUUUAAGCGGCGAUAGAAGCCCCUGACCUGGGUGUGUUUCUUUUGGAGGCGGUGGGUGGGGUGGUGUCGGUCCGGAGAAGCUGAAUAUGGGUCAGACCGCUGUGUCUGCUGUGUCUCAGCCUGCGAGCGUUGAUGGGUUGGAGAAAUCAUCAUCGCUGGCCAGCUGUGACGUGGUGGUGGACAGCGCCACCAAUACCCAGAAUGCCCCUCCAACACGUCAGCAACGAGGCAAGCUGUCGUCAAUAGGAAAACUGUUCAAACCCUGGAAGUGGAGGAAGAAGAAGACCAGCGACAAGUUCCAGGAUCUCUCCAAAGUUCUGGAGAGAAAAAUCUCCACCAGACAAACAAGGGAGGAGCUCAUCAAGAAAGGAGUUCUCAUCCUUGACCAAGAUGAAACGAUCAGCAGUGAGAAUCUGAAUGGGCACGCCACAUCUAGUGUGACAUCAGAGGAGGUCAAAGUUGACAUUGAGUCUCCAGAAACAGCGCUGGAGGAGCAGGCCACCGGGCCCGACAGCACUGAGGACAAAACAGAAAGGUGCGAUACUAAACCGCUCGCCCGGGCAAAGCAGGUGCGACCCCGGGACGUUCAAGCUAAAAAACAGCAGAGCCCCACUCUGCCCUCCUCUUCCAAACCGGCGGCCGGCACUGCAGCCACAACUAAGCAAAGAGACGGUGCUUCGGGGACUAAAAAGACUGCCAAAACCACAGGCAAGACAGGCUCAUCCACUCAAGCUAAAGCUAACCCACGGAGCACUAACAACACUAGUCGCGGGAUUGCCAAAUCCUCCCAUCCAAAGAAGACAGGAUUCACAGCAAAAAAUACCUCCACCUCUCGUUUCCGUGCAUCUAAGGAUGCUUUAGCACAGACGGAGGCAACCGAUGCAAGGACGAACCGGAAAUCAAACACUCCCACCUCUUCCUCCGUACCUCAAAAGGCCCCCGUAGAGACUCCGAGCCAGCCAGGGGAGUUCAAAUCCUCUCUCCUUUCUUCAAACACUUCAUCUAAAGCCUCAGGCAAUGACACAGAGGGAACUCAUGCUGCUUCUCAACCUGCUCCAGAGCCUAAAUCUGCUCCCAAUGCCUCCAUUGCUGGGGAGGAGACCCACAAGGGUAUGGGUCCUGGACCCGCCAUCCAGUCUCCCCAUAUCAACACCGCUACAGAGGACACUUCCUUCACAGUGGGAGAGACGGGCAGCGGCUCACAGGGGGAGAAACGGGGGAGAACGGGAGGGGAGGGUGGAGAAGAAGAGAAGAAGAAAGGAGAAACGGAGUCUGCUGCGGAGAACAGCCCGAGGUCUGCAGAGGCCCAAUCUGAGAGGCCACAGGGCCUCAGCGUGAACACUGAGCGGGCCAUGGUGACGGUGAUCCCCGAUAGGCCGAGAUACAGCCAAACCAGCGACUCUGACUCUGACGGACCAAUCCUGUACCGAGAGGAGGAGGAAGACGAGGAGGAAGACGAGUACACAACCAGCGCUCUGGCCAUGAAGAUCCGCCGACGAGACACCCUGAACAUCAAGCUACGGAACCGUCCCAGCAAGAGAGAGCUGGAGGAGAAAAACAUUCUGCCGAAGAGCUCUGAGACGGAGAGACAUGAGCAACGCCAAAAGAUAGGCUCCAAACUAGUCAGGCGCCUGAGCCAAAGACCCUCCACAGAGGAGCUGGAGCAGAGAAACAUCCUCAAGCAAAAGAAUGAAGCAGAGGAGCAAGAAGCUAAGCAAGAGUUAAAAAGGAGACUCUCCAGAAAGCUGAGUGUGAGGCCUACGGUGGCAGAGCUCGUCGAGCGCAGGAUUCUGUGUUUUAACGAGUACGUGGAGGUAACGGACGCCAAAGACUAUGACCGGCGGGCAGACAAACCCUGGACACGGCUUACUCCCGCUGAUAAGGCUGCUAUCCGUAAGGAGCUGAAUGAGUUUAAGAGCCGAGAGAUGGAGGUUCAUGAAGACAGUAAACAGUUCACCAGAUUCCAUCGGCCCUAAGCGCUCUCACUGCCAGCUGGACGUCAGCACCACAAGCUCUCCGGUCCACAGCUCCCAGCAGUCCCCCCGGCCCUCCAGACCCUCAGACCCUCAGUACACAGCUCAGUCCAUUUUGCUUUGGGAUCCUCUUGCAACUGAUGAUAUACAUUCCUGUCAAUAGUGACAGUAACAAAUGUGUCUUAAGGCCUUGACCAUCCAUGGACACCAGUGAAACUUUUGCACAUAUCUAUAGUCAGAACAUUGGUGUGCAUAGCGCUCCGAUUAGAUUAUUUAUUGCAGAUGGCCAGAACAUGCUGGUAUGUGAUGCUCUUUUUGUUGUUUUGGUUCACUUCAUCACAGAGAGGCUCCAGGGAGGGAAAAAUUGGGCAAAUUUACCUUCUUAGUAUAGUGAAUGUGGCUCAGCUGUACUCAAGAGUUUGUGUACUUGCCAAGGUAUGCCUUGUUACUAACUACCAAAUGUCCAUAUAUGGGCAUCCUCCUAGAACAGGAAAUGGCAGCCAUUGGAUGGUUGUGUGCUGGUGUCAGUGCCUAUGUCAUAGAUCAGAGGGGAGGAGAGGCAGUUUGUUCUGCUCCGAUGUACCUCUCGGAGUUGAAAUACUGCAGUUCAGUUUUAGACAUAUUUAAAGUAUAUUGCCACUAGAGGGCAUUAUGACAUUAGAGUUAUAGUCUGUGAGGAUGAAGAUGUGAAUGUAGAUGAAGAAUAAUCUGCAAGUGUUGUAUUUAUAAAUGCUGAAGCCUCGAGAUCGGUGGGCACCCGAGGCUGUUAACAGUGAAGUGCAAUGGGAAUCACUCCAAUUCUAGACAAUUCUAAUCCCUCGGCACUCCCGAUGAUACAUGAUGACCAUGCACCAUCAUAUACUGUGUCUUAUGUUGAGUUAUUAAGUGCAAACCUCUGUUCACAAAGUGCGGGACUUGCUGUUUCGAGGAUCUACUUUUUCAAGCUUUGACUUCACUAAUUUGGUGUCAAAGAAAAAGCUGAUAUUUGAUUCUAUGUUGGUCUUUUGUGUGGCGGACUUCCUGUGAUAAAUGGCGAACAGGCACUGAGAGUUUCCCCACUGAAGCAAUCAACAGUCCUCUUGAAAAAGUCGAGAAGUACUUUAUUUUCCAUUUUCCUUGAACGUGCUUUUGCGAUUGAAUCUGUCAGCCUAUGACAGAUACGCAAGGAGAGACCUGCUGACAAGUGGUCCUUAUACAUUUUGCCCUAACAUGCACCUUAAAUCCAGUGGUAAAGAUCUGUUUUUAUCAACACACAGUUUGAUUUGAUGUAAGGCAUGUAAAGCAGAAGUAAUAUAUUGAUAUGUGUUAUAGUAAUCUAAGCAGACAUAAGGGAGGGUAUGAAGCAGCACAAUGUAUUUCUUGGAAAUAUGUUCAGACUUUGGAUUUAUGGUUUCUCAGCAACGUGGCUGAGGCGGUUUAGUUUUAUGGAUCUCUAGUGUUCACCUUCGGAGCAUUUUCUUCUUUGAAGUGCUCCAAUACUCAAGAUAUAUGUUAAUGCAAACGUAAAGGGGAUCAAUUAAUAAUGCUUUGUUUUUGCGUGAAUGCCAGAAUGUCUUGCUGAGAUAUCAGAAAAAGAAAAGUCAAGAGGCGAAAUGUGGAAGGACUGAUUUGCAGACAGAGAACCUGAACUUAUAACAUGCUCUCGACUAUAUAAUACAACUGAUAUACGAAGCCGGGACAGAAAUAAACCAAAACUUGGCCUAGAUGUUCAAAUAAGAAUUAAGCAAAAACGUUCAUAUAAGAAUUAAACAAAAACAUGUUUUUCAUCCCUGCACAUUUGGACUAUAGCGGAGAUGUUGGCUGACAAGUGGUUGACAAAUUGAGCUUGAGUCCAAAGGCUUGUGUUCUCAUAAUAGACCUCCAACCUCAACAACACUCGUCAUUCUUACAAAUAAUGAAAAAGAUCAAUUUAUUCUUUCUGCUUCUGAAUGUGAAUGAGCUUGUAACAUGAAAUAAUGUACAGUGAUGGAAAAGAACCAAGAGUAUUCAUUCAUGCGAAUGUCUAUCAUGCUAUAUAUAUUGAUUAUUUUGUACACAUACAUGUAUAUCGAGCAUGUGCAUAUAUUGAAUUCAAUUUUACUACAAAUAUGACCCAAUAGAAUGUUUUAAACUCGUACUUUUAGUUGUCUUAUUUGCCCCAGACAAUAGGAAAGAGAUGAAGAGUUCAGAACAUGUGUAAGUGCUGUUUCUAGGCAGCAUGUUAAAAACAGUAUGUUGAAUAACUGCCACGUCUUAACCAAACCUACCUGUUACCUAAACAGACCAUGGACAAGCCAGUAUACAGGAAGUUAUCAAUCAAUAUCUUAUUUUGUAUUCUGGUCCACCUUCACUUUAGCUGAAGUCGGGUGCAAUGCAGUAGAUAUUUCAUGGAUGUAGACUCCGUUUAAAAACAAUUUAUAAACCUUUCUGGACUUCACUUUUGAUUUAUUUCUUCCGAUGACCGUAGGUCACCUUGCACAAACUAUAAAACGAAAAAACAGGAUGUGACUUGAAAUUUUAUUUGGUUCAGGCACAGGAUAUAAUCCAGAUGCAUUUUAUAAGGGAGCAAACAGGAUUCGGUCUAUAAAGGUGAACAUAAUGAUCAAAGUCUAACUUCAUUUUAGAUACACAAAUAUAAAGUGUUGGUGGAACAGCUGUGCUCAUACAUAUGCUGCUUGCAUCUCUGUAGAAAAGACAAGUUAAUCUUAAAGACAAGUAACAUUUAUUUGAACCGAGCCUAUUUAGCAUUUAUAAGCAGUAUAUAGUUGAUGAGUAAAUGUUUAUAUAGGUUUAAGCAGAUAAAAAGACAUUUAAAGCAGCUAUAACCAAAUAAGUGAGUCCAGCUCAUUGUUUAACAGUCCGGUCCACAACGUUACUGUUUUGGCUCCCACUGCUCUCAUGGUGUCAUUUCUGCCACAACAGGAUACUAUAUACUACCUGCUCAGCAACAACCGCAGACAGACACAGUAAGCGACUAGCUGGUGAACGUAGUGGGGCAUUUAAGACUAAAGAGACACAGCUAUUUCCUUCAGGAGUUGGUGGAGACCAAAAACAGAGCUAAAAGAGAGUAAAUAUUACAUUUAUAUUUGCCAUUUGGGCUCAAACAUGACUCCAAAUGAAGGAUGAUGUUACUCCGUAACUGCUGAAUUUGUAAAUACGUCGAUGUUUGCCAUAUCAACUGAAAAGUUGUUAAUAUGUAAAAUAUUAUAACCUAUUUCUUAUCGUAUACAAUGUCUAGUUGACUUGAUAACAAGUAUUCAACACAUUUAUAAAUGGUUUUAAACCUGUCUGGAUGAUUUUAAAUGUGUAAAUAGCUCAUAGGUAAACAGCCAUGAAAUACUGUGCUAUCAAUCACUCAUUAGCUGUUUAUGCAACAAUUAUGAUGCUAAAUCGUAGAAGUUAGAAUUGGUGACAAAGUACAUUAAUACACUUAAAAAUGUCUUUAUAUUUGCUUCGAACUACAUUAUAGGUAGUGCGUUACGAACCUUUUAUGAAGUGUUAAUAUACUGCUUAUAAAUAAAUAAGUGGUGAAAAUAAAAGUGUGACCUAAUAAGAUUACACUGUUUGUGUAAAACCAGGGUUAGAGCUUGUUGUCUAUUUUAACACACAGCUGACUUUCUAAUACUGAAACUACUUCAGGGAGUCCUGGUCUGGACUGUCAUCACAUCUAUACCUUAUUUUUUGUCCAUAAAAUCCAUGUUGUAGUCCAGAAUGAGGUGCAGGUGUUAAAUUAUGACCAGACAGUAUUAAUCACAAGGAGCGAGUCCUGUAAAAACGUUUACGGCUGCAGUCCGUGUCAUCUCAUCUGCUAUGGAACUGUGAAAUGAACACAAUAAACCCAAAGAAAAGUUCCGAUAACCCAACGCUCAUUUCUUUGCAUCGUUGAAGUAUUAAACACACAAUUCCUGCCAUUAUAUUUCUUUUGAAAAAAUCUCUAAAAUUCCAGCUGAGUUGGUUUAAAGCAUUCACAGACACUUUGACACUCGUGUUUCCCGGCUGCUGCUGUUAAUUUGCAGCACUGGAGGCUUCCACCAUGGAAAUGAAAAUGUUUACAUUUGAGGAGGUCUGCUGUUGUAGUGGUGCUUGAGGCUUCCUUUAUCACUUCCACAAACCCCCCCCCCCCCCCAAGUACAAUCAAAAAGCCAUAAUCAGACUACUGCUGGUGACCCUAAAGCCUUUAUUCUUCAACAUGUAAUUCACAGUCAGGUAUCAUGAUAGGGAUCACAAGUAUCAGUCACAAUAUAAACCCUCCAGCUCUAAAUGCGUUGAUCUUUUUUUUUUUUUUUUUGUAUUGAUCUUUGAAGUCAUAGGAUGAUGCCAUAUAUAUCCCCAAAACAGCUACUGUUACGUCCAAACUGUGUACAUUGUUUUUGUAUAUAAAGAAUCAUGGGAAAACCUC